GUAGCACUCGUCAAUUAUGGCAAUGAUGCUAGCGUGGACUUUCAUUUAAACACCCACAAUUCACUUAGUGCAAUACAGUCAGCUUUGGCGAAAAUUAAUCCAAAAACAGUUAAAAACAAUAAAGCGAACACCGGAAAAGCAUUGGAGUUGGUACAAUCGGAGGUGUUCAGUUCUGCUAGAGGUGACCGAGCUGAUGCUCCCAAUGGGAUCAUUCUAAUCACAGACAUGAAAACAAAUGUCGAUCAGCAAAAGUUCCUGCAAAUGGCGCAAAUGCUGAAAGGAUUUGGUGUUGAAUUAUUCACAGUUGGUGUUGAUAAUGCCGAUGCAAAUGAGUUACGA